AUGAAGCUGUUGAUUCUUUGCCUUUUGGUGUUCACCUCUGCGGGCUUCGUUUUCGGUGACGAAGAAGAAAGCAAGCCGAAUUUUAUCGACUUGGAUGAGAACGAUGAUCAAGUCUACGAGGAUUCACCAGAAGACUUCGUCGAGGACGAAGGAGACGACGUAAGUAAAUAUCAGGACGCAGCUAAGUCCGACGUUAAAUGAGAUCUGUUAUAUUUUAUUAAAUUUUUUAUCUCAACUUUAAAAUCUAUUGUCGAGGAUAUCAUCGAAUUUUAACUGUAUCAUGGGUUUCGCGUCAAGUUAUUGAGAAGAAUAGACCAAAAUACACUAUGAUUCCGUCAAAUAUUCCACUUUCGCGCAAUGAUCAUUAUUUCAUUUGAUAACUCUGAAAAUUUGAGUUCAUCGCGAUCUAAAUGCCAUAGUUACCUGAAAUAUUUAUUUCCCAGGAGUUGAUUCCUUUGUGGAGAGAUUUUUCAUUCGUACAAACGAAAAUUAAGUGCCUCCUACUCUCGCUCAUUAAAAAAUGCCGUAUGGCUUGUCUAUUUACAAAUGGUUGAAUUCUAAUUUAAGAGAGAGAGCCAAAAAUAAUUCCGGUAACUUACGUGUGAAUGGAUCAAUUGCGAGAUUCAGCGCAAAUUUUCUACCAACUUUCGCGGCAUUAAUGGAGAAACCGUCUAGAAUGAGCUCUUGAACCAAAAUAUUUGAAAAAGACGAGGGUAAAUGGUUACAGAUCUCAUUAUCUUGAAAAUAAUUUCGUGCCUUUUUUACUUCUUCUCAAGCAGUAUAUGUUGGAUGAGGAAGACCUUGAUGAGGUAAGUAAAAACUACAGAUCUGACCAACAUCACACAAGUCCCUCAGACUCAUUAAUUUCUUUCAAUAAAAGAGAACGUCACUUCAAAAAGCUUCGCCUUCGACAAAUUAACUCAUCCCGCAACCGUUUCAGUGCUAAUAAAGUACUCUCCCAUUCCGUGAAAUGGUAAAAAUCACCAAAAGAAAUAACGAACAUCCUAAAUAGUAUCCGAAAUCUCUGUUGCUGAUUAUGCUAUUGGUAAAAAACUAAUAUUUCUCGAGUCGGCGCCAGUGAUUUGCAAGCCAUUCUAGAUUCAGUGAAAAAACUAAUUUUUCAACAGGAAGAUGACAGUGAACCCAAAGAUCCUGAUGGCUUUAAGGCAAUUAUCAUCUUUUUUGUUCUUCUUCCAGUUGGAUACCAAAGCUUUUCAUGUCUGAUUUCACAAACUGUUUUGUCUGUUUUAAAUGUAGGACGAUGAAAACGACCCAAAUUCAACAAAACCUAGAGGAGGAAAACCCGUCAAAGUAAGUACAACUGUAGUUCCGAUAUAUUUUAGAAUGUUUCGUCUAAUCUUCAAAAAUCAUUUUAAGUUUUUUACGAUUUCCACGAUAAUUCUGAUUGUAUGAAUUUCAAAAAACUCUUGGAGGAACGAGAAACGAGAAAAGAAGAUGAACUAUCUACAACAGCUGCCCACGUCCCCCCAUCAAUGGACAUAACGAGUUUUAACUUGCUUGGGACAUCUGUUACGUCAUCGACGAUAAAAUGUCCACGUUCAUCUACUGGAUUGGUUAACGGGGAUAUCACGUGAUAACAACCUUGAAUUCUUCUAUCACGAAUAGGGACAUCCAUGAAUAUAACUCUGAAAAAUAUUUGUUUUUUUAAAAAAUCUUGAUCGACGAUUUACCCUCAUACCUUACAGUUCAUGCUCAACAAUCUUCUGUUUACGUAAAAAGAUGGGUAAUAACGAAUGUGGAAAUAAUUGGCUUUAUAGAUCAGUGAAAUAAAAAAACCAGGAGUUGAGGAAGCAAGCAGCGGCAUGCCGGAGCCGACAGACAAAGAGGAAAACCAGAAUACGAAGAGAAAGGAAGUAAGUGCGGAAUGAAUCUUUCUCUUCAAUCGUGUCGCUCUUACCAAAAAAUCCUUUAGUGUGUCAAAGUUUCCAAUAUGAAAAAAAUACGGAAGAAAUUAUAUGAGCGUACACUUCAUUUUAAUAAGACGGGGACCGACAUAUGAAUUGUCUUACAAAACCGCUAAGAUGAAUAUACAGAAUGAAAAUUAACCCUUAAUUCAACCCUCAGACGUGGUUCGCAUCUCAUCUCUCUACAAUAACGAAAAUUGAUCAGUUGGAGUCGGGUUUUCUUCUUAUCAUAACAUCACAGUAUCUAAUUUACAGAUCAAUUUGAAGCCGCGACAAGUUAAAAUUUAAAAUCAAAUCUUGAGAGUUAAAAAUUCCAGCCACAGGUACUAACUAACUUGCCAGUGCUAUACUAAAAACAAUUUAACAUGAAAUUUCCAUGUACCCAAGGUUUUACACUUCCUGCCAACAAUUUUCUUUAACAGGACGGGAAUCUGCAAGACGCUUUGGUGGAUAAGCUAGGAUUGAAUUUCGCAGGAGAGUCGGACGAUCCAGACUUCGUCACCAAGAAAUAA